AUGCUUCGAGAGGACAGCCAUGUGGAGCAUGAUCCUUGUCGCACCUGGAUCGCACGGUGCUUGCGGACCGUCCGUGGCGACAUCGCUGGUGAAAGACCUCCAUCUGCUUUCGCCCAACACGUUCGUCCAGCAAAACGCGUUGUUCACUGCUAUCCUCGUCCGAACGAAGCAUUGCGUCUGCCCGAAAAAGGUUUCUUCUAUGCAUUCUUCAGAGCAUCAUGGCUCACCUACCCCGCACCGCUAAUCCACACGAACGAUCUGUGCAGUGAGAUCAAGGUGCCCAUCAUGUAUACUUGCCACAAACUCCGCACUUUCGUCCCUACCGUGAUCGUGAUGGUAGUGCCCCGCAUCGCCGAAGCCAAUCAACGGUACACACAACCCAACUAUGUCACUGUUACCCAGCGCUUCUCCUUGACUGUCGAUGUGAUGCUGAGUUUGGGUCUCAUACUCCACGAGCUCCCGAACCGCAACAUCGGUUGA